AUGGUACAGCCCAUGGUACAGCUCAUGGUACAGCCCAUGGUACAGCUCAUGGUGCAGCCCAUGGUACAGCCCAUGGUACAGCCCAUGGUACAGCUCAUGGUGCAGCUCAUGGUACAGCUCAUGGUACAGCUCAUGGUACAGCCCAUGGUACAGCCCAUGGUACAGCCCAUGGUACAGCCCAUGGUACAGCUCAUGGUACAGCUCAUGGUACAGCCCAUGGUACAGCCCAUGGUACAGCCCAUGGUACAGCUCAUGGUACAGCCCAUGGUACAGCUCAUGGUACAGCUCAUGGUACAGCCCAUGGUACAGCUCAUGGUACAGCCCAUGGUACAGCUCAUGGUACAGCUCAUGGUACAGCUCAUGGUACAGCUCAUGGUACAGCCCAUGGUACAGCCCAUGGUACAGCUCAUGGUACAGCUCAUGGUACAGCCCAUGGUACAGCCCAUGGUACAGCCCAUGGUACAGCUCAUGGUACAGCUCAUGGUACAGCCCAUGGUACAGCCCAUGGUACAGCCCAUGGUACAGCUCAUGGUACAGCUCAUGGUACAGCCCAUGGUACAGCUCAUGGUACAGCCCAUGGUACAGCCCAUGGUACAGCCCAUAGUACAGCUCAUGGUACAGCUCAUGGUACAGCUCAUGGUACAGCUCAUGGUACAGCCCAUGGUACAGCCCAUGGUACAGCUCAUGGUACAGCCCAUGGUACAGCCCAUGGUACAGCCCAUGGUACAGCCCAUGGUACAGCUCAUGGUACAGCCCAUGGUACAGCUCAUGGUACAGCCCAUAGUACAGCUCAUGGUACAGCCCAUGGUACAGCCCAUGGUACAGCCCAUGGUACAGCCCAUGGUACAGCCCAUGGUACAGCUCAUGGUACAGCCCAUGGUACAGCCCAUGGUACAGCCCAUGGUACAGCUCAUAGUACAGCUCAUGGUACAGCCCAUGGUACAGCCCAUGGUACAGCCCAUGGUACAGCUCAUGGUACAGCCCAUGGUACAGCUCAUGGUACAGCUCAUGGUACAGCCCAUGGUACAGCUCAUGGUACAGCCCAUGGUACAGCCCAUGGUACAGCCCAUAGUACAGCUCAUGGUACAGCUCAUGGUACAGCCCAUGGUACAGCUCAUGGUACAGCCCAUGGUACAGCCCAUGGUACAGCUCAUGGUACAGCCCAUGGUACAGCCCAUGGUACAGCUCAUGGUACAGCCCAUGGUACAGCCCAUGGUACAGCUCAUGGUACAGCCCAUGGUACAGCCCAUGGUACAGCUCAUGGUACAGCCCAUGGUACAGCCCAUGGUACAGCCCAUGGUACAGCCCAUGGUACAGCUCAUGGUACAGCCCAUGGUACAGCCCAUGGUACAGCUCAUGGUACAGCUCAUGCUGUACCUACACUAG